GAAGCCAAGUUCUAACUGACACAGCGCAAUCCUCCUCUCAGUCUCAGAUUGCCGCCGCCAUUACCGAGUCAUCAACGCCUUCUUCUUCUGUUUCGGCUACAUGGGUUUCUUCAGAAGCUUCUAGAAUCUUCUGGUUUGGGCAGAGGUUGUUUCCAGAAGAUUCAGUGGUGAUCGGGUUCAAUGGAGGAGACCCAGAGAUCAAGCGGCACUGUGAGGUGGUUCAGCGCGCAAAAGGGCUUCGGAUUCAUCGGACCGGACAAUGGUGGGGAGGAUAUUUUCGUUCACCAGACGGAGAUCAGGUCCGAGGGGUUCCGGACACUCCGGGAGGGCCAGCGGGUUGGGUUCGUCGUCGAUCCGGGCGAGGAUGGUAGGAGCAGAGCCGUCGACGUGGUGGGUCUCGCCGGAUCGUACCGCUCCUCCGGUGGACGCGGGGGCGGAUUACCCCGCGGCGGCAGGAGAGGGGGCUACGGUGGGAGGUACGGCGGCGGGUAUGGCCGGGGCGGGGGGAGGAUGAGUGGCGGCUAUGGUGGCCCGAUGGAGUGCUACAAUUGUGGCCGGACGGGUCAUCUGGCCAGAGACUGUUAUCAGGGGGACGGCGGCCGGAACUGGGAUUACGGCGGGGGCGGCGGACGCAGAUAUGGUGGCGGCCGUUGGGCCGGCGGUGGUCGCGGAUAUGGCGGGGGGGUUUGCUACAACUGCGGCGAAGGCGGCCAUUUUGCGAGAGAUUGCCCAAAUGAACAGAAAUGAUAACUUGGAUUUGCCUUGCUUGCUUGAACGUUUGGAUUUGCAUAAAUUAAGUUUACAGUUCCUAAUCAGGAUCUGAAGUUCUUGCGGUCAAAACUUUUCCUUUCUAUUUAGCGAUUCAUAGCCUUUCUUUGUUUUCUUCCUUUUUUUAAACUUAUUUUUGGUGUAUAUUUGUCUUCGAGAUCUGUUAAUGCGAGCUAUUGUUUUGCAUAUGCUAUUGCAAACUCUUCUCGUUUGAUCACUGUCUUCCAUCAAUAAAUGGCAUUUACAUUUUUGAUGGGAAAUUGAUAAGAGUUCUAUGUGUUGAUUCUUCCUC